AGUUUCUGGGGUGUUUAUAAUAACAUCCCUCCUGUGACACAACUACCUCUACGCUGUAGCUACCACUUAAUGAGGGGAGAGAGGAAACCAUUAUGGGAGGAAGAAAGCAACGCUAAGGGAGGGGUAUGGAAGAUGAAAAUCUCUAAAGAAAGCACAGCAUUGGUUUGGAAAGAACUGUUGCUAGCUACUAUUGGAGAGCAGUUUACCGAUCGCUGUUCAACAGAGGAUGAAGUGAUUGGUGUCAGUGUGAGUGUACGUGACCGUGAAGAUGUUGUCCAGGUGUGGAAUGGAAAUGCCUCCGUAGUUGGUGAAGCCAGAGUCCUAGAAAAGAUCUACGAGCUUCUGCCAAACACAACUUUUAAAGCUGUAUUUUAUAAGCCUCACGAAGAGCACCACGCAUUCGAAGGCGGCCGUUCAAGACACUAGCAGCGACCUACAGCAACUCAACCAUUUUAAUAUCCAGUCGGGAAACCACAAAGCAGUGUUGCUGGUACCCCACCGUACAGAAAAGAGGGUUCAACACAGCAAGGAAGGCCAGGAACGGGUUUUAAAGCUGAACUACACUGGU